UUCCUGUUGGACGCCUCAAACUCACCAUGCCCUCGGCCUCCCUUCCUGGUACCCCGCCUUUUUCUAGGGUCAAGCGAGGACAGACCAGCGGGGCUGGCCCUGGAGACUGCUGAGGUCCUCGCGUUAACGGCCCACUGUGCGCACUCGUGCCCGGCACCCAAUCAACGAUCAGAAUUUUGAAGGAAAGCCCUAAACAUUCUGAUGGUGGUGGUAGCCAUGGCAGCUGAUGAUAAAGUUGCUAUCUUGACUGACGAUGAAGAGGAACAGAAGAGAAAAUACGUGCUGGCUGAUCCCUUCAAUGGUGUCUCCAGGGAACCAGAACGACCUUCAAACGAAACACCCUCUUCCACAGAAACAUCUGCUAUUCCUGAGGAGGAAAUAGACUGGAUAGAGAAACACUGCGUGAAGAUAAACAACGAUCUCCUGAUUUCCAAGGUUUUCUAUUUUUUCUUUUAUUCUGCCUAUGGCUCUCUCUACCCACUUCUGCCUGUGUAUUAUAAACAGCUGGGAAUGUCGCCUAGCCAGAGCGGACUUCUCGUAGGUAUCCGGUACUUCAUUGAAUUCUGUAGUGCCCCUUUUUGGGGUGUAGUUGCAGAUCGCUUUAAGAAAGGCAAAAUCGUCCUCCUCUUUUCUCUUUUGUGUUGGGUUUUAUUCAACCUGGGCAUCGGGUUUGUCAAACCUGCUACCUUGAGAUGUAUACCAAAGAUCGCCCCAACGACUCGCCCCACCAACGCAAGCCACCCAUCAACCAUCCUGCCAACAGAUGCCUCCUUCCUUAACACAUCACCAAGAAUGCGUGAGAAAAGGAAUCUGCCAAGUUCCGAAUGGCCACCAAUGUUAGAAGCAGGGCCUGAGGCCUCAGAGAUGAACAUCUUUACGAUGCCUUCAGCUAGGACCCCCGAACCCAGUCUGCAGCCCCAGCCAGGUGAAAUGACCGACCAUGUUCUGGACUUGAUUUUGAAUGCAAGCACAGUAACCUCUGUCCCCACAGGAAAUGUAACCAGGGAGACCACCACUGCCGUCGCCACCACCUCCAAGUCAUUCCCUUCUGCUCAGGUCACUCUUAUUUAUGACCCACAAGAAGUGGAAGCUAUAUUCUUGGUGAUCUUGGUCGUGGUCAUCAUAGGAGAGUUUUUCAGUGCCUCUUCUGUCACGAUCGUAGACACGGUGACACUUCAGUAUCUGGGGAAACACAGAGACCGCUAUGGACUGCAGCGCAUGUGGGGGUCCCUGGGCUGGGGCCUGGCCAUGCUGUCCGUGGGCAUCGGCAUUGACUACACCCACAUAGAAGUGCUUGUCCACGGAAAGGGCUGCAAGCCCCCGGAGUACCGGAACUAUCAGAUCGUCUUCAUCGUCUUUGGCGUCCUCAUGACCAUGGCCUUGAUUGUGGCUACUCAGUUCCGGUUCCGUUACAACCACUUCAAAAACAGCGAUGAUAAGGGGAAAGAGGUAGAGAUCCCCCCGGUGGAAAGGAAUGCCUCCCCGGAGGCCUCCGAGGAGACACCGUCUGCCACAAGCCACUCCCAGACCUUCAACUUCUGGGACUUGAUCAAACUGCUGUGCAGCGUGCAGUAUGGCUCUGUGCUGUUCGUGGCUUGGUUUAUGGGUUUUGGAUACGGCUUCGUGUUCACCUUCCUGUACUGGCAUUUGGAAGAUCUCAAUGGGACCACAACCCUCUUUGGGGUCUGUUCUGUCCUGAGCCACGUGUCGGAGCUGACAGCAUAUUUCUUUAGUCACAAGCUUAUUGAAUUGAUUGGUCACAUCAGGGUCCUGUACAUUGGCCUGGCCUGCAACACAGCUCGCUAUAUUUAUAUUUCGUACCUGGAAAAUGCCUGGACUGUCCUCCCCAUGGAAGUUCUUCAAGGGGUGACCCACGCGGCCAUCUGGGCUGCCUGCAUCUCGUACCUCAGUGCGGCCGUGCCCCCAGAGCUGCGGACAUCUGCCCAGGGCAUCCUACAGGGCCUGCACCUGGGGCUGGGCCGAGGCUGCGGUGCCAUGAUCGGAGGCGUGCUGGUCAACUACUUCGGGGCUGCCGCAACCUUCCGGGGAAUUGGCAUGGCCUGCUUGGUGAUCCUGCUGCUCUUUGCCCUGAUCCAGUGGCUGGCAGUGCCAGAUGAGGAGGAAGAUAAGACAAUGUUGGCAGAAAGGAUUCCUGUUCCCUCCAGUCCUGUUCCCAUAGCAACCAUCGAUUUGGUACAGCAACAGUCGGAAGAUGUCAUGCCGCGCAUUGAGCCCAGACUUCCGCCCAAGAAAACCAAGCACCAGGAAGAGCAGGAAGAUGUGAACAAACCAGCUUGGGGGGUCAGCUCUUCUCCCUGGGUGACAUUUGUCUACGCACUCUACCAAAUUAAAGAGAUCAUGCAACUGACAAGAGAAAGCCGAGCUUCUGAGAUCCAGCCUUUACAGGUGAGCAGUGAGAAUCGGGAAAACUCUCCAGCAGACAGAGCCUGGCAUGUGCCUCGUGAGACCCACUCUGACCCAUCUAGGGACCAGCCAUCUCCGGUUGCUGCGGCAGCAUCUCCGUCCCCGCAGACCGGCCCUGUCCGCCCCGGGGGUGGGGACGCUGAGGAGCCUGGGGCUGCCGGAGGACCCUGAGGGCAUCCUGCACCUCUCUCACCUGCAUGGAACUGGGCUCCCCGACCAGGCCGCAGGGGUCGGGGUCCCCCACCCAGAACACGCCGCAUUUGCUUCUGAAUAUCUAAACUCAUUAACAUGGACACGCUCGCGCACACACACCUGAGCGACAGUACACACUGGCUGGAAGGUCACCUCCGUCAUUCUGGCGGAGGGCAGAAGGAAGAGGUUGGCCCAGGCUGGGCUGCUUGGAGGAAGGGCUCUUAUGGUGCAGGCAGGUGCAAACCCCGGGGGCCCUAAGUGCAGGGUACGCAGGUGUUCCUCUCCGGGUGUACCGGCGUAAUUUCCCUCUUUGGAUUAUUUUUUCUUAUUAUUGGCUGCAUCAUGCAAACUGGGAGAAACAGAAUAGAUCUAUAAUUUUGUUUCUCUUAAGACCCAUUUAAAAAUUAUAAAACAUAUUUAAAAAGUAAGCAGAUGAAAGUGAGUAGAUGCUUUUUGUUUUGAAAAAAGCUGUUUCGUCAUAAACCCUACAUAUCUCUAGCAAAUAUAUUUUUAUAUACAUAUGUACAAUGAAAAUAGUCAACUCUCUGAGCAGUAACAACUGUUACCAACUACUGCAAGUGAAGGUGAGCUUUAAAAAUGCUUUUUAUUUUAAAUAGACUUUCAGAAUGACCAGAAAUGAGAGAAUAUUUAAAAAGAAAAAAAGAAAAAAACCAGUUCAGUAUCCUGGGGCUUAAUGGAUCAGGGUUUACAGAGUAUGGUGGUACAGUAAUAGCCUUGGUCACGGUUUGCUAUUUUAUAGUGGUUUGGGCUUUACUUAGUGGAUGGAAUAAAACAAAAAUCACUAAGUUUCAAAGGGUUCCUUUACUUAAGCAGUAGUAUUUAAAGAGAACAGUAUAAGAUGUAAGUGCCUAGGGGAACGAUAUGAUUUUUAACAGUUGACAAGUGAGAAACCAGGUGUUGGGGGAUAAGUACUGUCAAAAGACUGAAAAACUCAGUCUCAGUGUGUUCUUUCCUAAAAAGACACAGACACUGGAUAACUCAGAUUCGUGCAUGCAAGUGUGCCUGCUACAGCUGCUGUCAGAACAAGGUGGGUGAAUCAUGCAGGAAGCCUGCUGCUCAGAAUGAAAGGGGAGGCUCCCAGCAGGCACCAGGCAGGAGGGUCCGCUGCUUCAGCUGAAUGGAAGUCAUUUCUGCUGUGUGUGAUAGCCGUGGAGGAGCCCAGGACAGAGGAAUGGCAGUCAGGAAUGGCCUCUGGUCCUGAUUAGACAGGAAGAGCUAUAGAGGAGGCUUCCCUGUGAUGGUUCUCCCUGAUCCCGCAUCAGGGAGCAGAAAUUCUGCACUUGGAUGCUGAGCUUCAUCACAGAACACAGGCUCCGGAUAAGGUAACCAACAGAAUUAAGCAAAUAGUUAUUUUUGCACUUGAACUGAAACGUACUGUACUGUACAUUAUCAUGACUCAUUUUAAGUGACCUUUAAAAUAAGAUGUAUUUAUUAUGCUCGUGUAAUUACUGAAAUGAAGUAGGUGAGGGGCUGAACCUCCCCUGUAUGUACGGUAUGUGGCUCUGAAGCUGCUUGGAGGGAGUCAAAACUUUACACUGUAUCUUGUGUUUACAAUUCUUUGAAAAGCCUGCUGUUUUGGACAUGCACAGUGGACGUAUUGAAAUAAAAAUAAAUACCGUUUUUAAAUGUUUCUUAAAUGAUAAA